GAGAUUGGAAGCACGUUUUGCCAAUAGAAAGCGGUCUUAAAGCGGCAGUGAGGGUGGCUGCGUGUUUCCGGAAGACGUGGCGGCUCUAGCCUGGGCUGUUUCCCGGCUUCAUUUCUCCCGACUCAGCUUCCCAUCCUGGGCUUUCCGAGGUGCUGUCGCCGCUGUCCCCACCACUGCAGCCAUGAUCUCCUUAACGGACACGCAGAAAAUUGGAAUGGGAUUAACAGGAUUUGGAGUGUUUUUCCUGUUCUUUGGAAUGAUUCUCUUUUUUGACAAAGCACUACUGGCUAUUGGAAAUGUUUUAUUUGUAGCCGGCUUGGCUUUUGUAAUUGGUUUAGAAAGAACAUUCAGAUUCUUCUUUCAAAAACAUAAAAUGAAAGCUACGGGAUUUUUUCUGGGUGGUGUAUUUGUAGUCCUUAUUGGUUGGCCUUUGAUAGGCAUGAUCUUCGAAAUUUAUGGAUUUUUUCUCUUGUUCAGGGGCUUCUUUCCUGUCAUCAUUGGCUUUAUUAGAAGAGUGCCAGUCCUUGGAUCCCUCCUAAAUUUACCUGGAAUUAGAUCAUUUGUAGAUAAAGUUGGAGAAAGCAACAAUAUGGUAUAACAACAAGUGAAUUUGAAGACUCAUUUAAAAUAUUGUGUUAUUUAUAAAGUCAUUUGAAGAAUAUUCAGCACAAAAUUAAAUUACAUGAAAUAGCUUGUAAUGUUCUUUACAGGAGUUCAAAACGUAUAGCCUACAAAGUACCAGCAGCAAAUUAGCAAAGAAGCAAUGAAAACAGGCUUCUACUCAAGUGAACUAAGAAGAAGUCAGCAAGCAAACUGAGAGAGAUGAAAUCCAUGUUAACGAUGCUUAAGAAACUCUUGAAGGCUGUUUAUAUUGUUUUUCCACAAUGUGCGAAACUCAGCCAUCCUUAGAGAACUGUGGUGCCUGUUUUAUUCUUUUCGUUUUAUUUUGAAGGCUCAGGAGCAUCCAUAGGCAUUUGCUUUUUAGAAAUGACCAUUGCAAUGGCAAAAAUAUUUCCAGUUGCACUGUAUCUCUGGAAGUGAUGCAUGAAUUCGAUUGGAUUAUGUCAUUUUAAUAUAUUAGAACCAAGGAAACCCCAUUUUUGAUGUAUGGAUUACUUUUUUUUUGUAAACAUGGUUAAAAUACAACUUUUGUGGUUCUUCUGAAUCUUAAUAUUUCAAAGCCAGGUGAAAAUCUGAACUAGAUAUUCUUUGUUGGAAUAUGCAAAGGUCAUUCUUUACUAACUUUUAGUUCCCAAAUUAUAGCUGACUAAGUUUGGUCAGCAACAUACUCCGGAAAGUCUCAUACUUCUUGGGAGUCUGCCCUCCAAAGUAUCUGUCUAUAUCAUUCAUUACAUGUAAGUAUUUAACAAAAAAGCAUUCUUUUUUUUUUUUUUUUUUUUUGUUGAGACGGAGUCUCGCUCUGUCACCCAGGCUGGAGUGCAGUGGCGCGAUCUCGGCUCACUGCAAGCUCCGCCUCCUGGGUUCACGCCAUUCUCCUGCCUCAGCCUCUCCGAGUAGCUGGGACUACAGGCGCCCGCCACCACGCCCGGCUAAUUUUUUGUAUUUUUAGUAGAGACGGGGUUUCACCUUGGUCUCGAUCUCCUGACCUCGUGAUCCGCCCGCCUCGGCCUCCCAAAGUGCUGGGAUUACAGGCGUGAGCCACCACGCCCAGCUCAAAAAAGCAUUCUUGACCAUGAAUGAAGUAGUUUGUUUCAUAGCUUGUCUCACUGAAUAAUCUUAUUGAAGAUACUAAAUGAAGCAAACCAAAUGGAUUUUUUCCAUGUCAUGAUGUAAUUUUUCUUUUUUCUUUUCUUUUCUUUAAAUUUUAGCAGUGGCUUAUUAUUUGUUUUUCAUAAAUUAAAAUAACUUGAUAAUGUUUACUUUAAGACAUGUAACAUGUUAAAAGGUUAAACUUAUGGCUAUUUUUAAAGGGCUAUUCAUUUAAUCUGAGUUUUCCCUUAUUUUCAGCUUUUUCCUAGCAUAUAAUAGUCAUUAAGCAUGACAUACCCUUCAUAUGAUCACUCAUCUUGAGUUAAUUAGAAAAUACCUGAGUUCACAUGCUAAAGUUAUUCACUGUAAUAAACUGGCUAUAGUUUCUUAAGAACAUGACACUAAAAAAAAUGUGUUUUAUUUCCACCAUUGCUGAUUAUUAGACAGUAGGAAAUAGCUGUUUUCUUUAGUUUUACAAGAUGUGACAGCUUUAGUGGUAGAUGUAGGGAAACAUUUCAACAGCCAAGGAACUAUUUGUUUUACCACUGAUUGCACUGUUUUCUUUUUUUAACAGUUGCAAAGCUUUUUAAUGCAUAAAGGUAUAAUUGAAAUGUGUGGUAUUUAUUUACAAACAUGUCUACAAAAAUAGAUUGCAGCUUAUUUUAUUUUUAGUUAAAUCUCCUGAUAUACAGAGAACUCCCAAUCUUGCUCAUCUAAAUAAGGAAAGACUUGGUGUAUAGUGUAAUGGUUUAGUCUUAAGGAUUACUGACAUUUUUGGUACUUGCAUUUGACUUAUGAUAUAUCUGUGAAAAUGGGAUGAUAUUGACAAAUGGAGACUCCUACCUCAAUAGUUAAUGGAAUAAUAAGAGCCUACUGUUGUGUCUAAUGUUCUUCAAAAAAGUAAUAUCCUCACUUGGAGAGUGUCAAAUACAUACUUUGAGGAUUGACUUUAUAUAAGGUGCCCUGUAGAACUCUGUUACACAAAUUUUUGACCCAUAUUAUUUACAAUGUCUUGAUAAUUCUACCUUUUUAGAGCAAGAACAGUAUCUGCUAAUGUAAGGGACAUCUGUAUUUAACUCCUUUGUAGACAUGAAUUUCUAUCAAAAUGUUCUUUGCACUGUAACAGAGAUUCCUUUUUUCAACAAUCUUAAUUCAAAAGCAUUAUUAGACUUGAAAGGGUUUGAUAAUCUCCCAGUCCUUAGUAAGAUUGAGAGGCUGGAGCAGUUUUCAGUUUUAAAUGAGUCUGCAGUUAAUAUCAAAUGUGAGUUUGGGACUGCCUGGCAACACUGAUAUUUCUUAUUUAGAACCCUUGAUGAGACUAUUUUUAAACAUACUAGUCUUCUGAUAGAAAGCACUAUACAUCCUAUUGUUUCUUUCUUUCCAAAAUCAGCCUUCUGUCUGUAACAAAAAUGUACUUUAUAGAGAUGGAGGAAAAGGUCUAAUACUACAUAGCCUUAAGUGUUUCUGUCAUUGUUCAAGUGUAUUUUCUGUAACAGAAACAUAUUUGGAAUGUUUUUCUUUUCCCCUUAUAAAUUGUAAUUCCUGAAAUACUGCUGCUUUAAAAAGUCUCACUGUCAGAUUAUAUUAUCUAACAAUUGAAUAUUGUAAAUAUACUUGUCUUACCUCUCAAUAAAAGGGUACUUUUCUAUUAA